CGGGUUCAGCUUAUUCACCCCUCUCGCUCUCUCCGGUACCGCCGCCACUGCUCUGCGCUCGCCACCAUGUCGGGAGGCGCUGCGGCCGCAUGUCUCCCCACCCUUUUCCGCCGCUGCAAGACCACCUCUGCCCAGUACGUGGCCAGUCGAUCCAUGGACCCAACCUUUGAGAAGCUGAUGGAGGGGUACAAGCACUUCCUCAAGGUGCUCGCCGUCCAGGACCUUAUCCUCGCCUCCCCUUCCGCUUCCCUCCCUCUCCCCGUCCUCUCCGCCGCCGCCCCCCGCCUUCGCUUAUCCCGCGGCGCCACCCACUUCGUCCGCACAUUCCCCCGCAUCUUCUCCCUCCUUUACGACCCCUCCGCCGCUCAGCCCCUCGUCCGCCUCACCCCCACCGCCGCCCGCAUCGCCUCUGAUGAGUCCGAUGCCGCCUCCGCCUCCGCCCCCGAUGCCGUUGACCGAUUGCGGCGGCUCCUCUGCAUGUCAUCCUCCCGAUCCCUCCCCCUCCGUGCCGUCUUCAGGGUUUGGAGAGAGCUCGGUCUCCCCGACGACUUCGAGGACUCGAUCAUCGCCCGUAACUCCACCAUCUUCGUUCUUCGCACGAACCCUAGGGAAACCAACACCCAUCUCCUCGAGUUCGUCGACCAAUCCCAAACCCCCAAAUUUACCCCGGUGGUGGAUGCUUGGCGGUGCCAGGAGCGGAACCAAGCAGACGAGGCAGAGCUGAAGUUCGCGUUCAAGCAAGGGUUUCCUCCCGGGAUGCGGCUGACCAAAAAUUACCGCGCCAGAUUGAAGGAGUGGCAGCGAUUGCCGUGCGCGGGGCCGUACGACGUCGGUGGUGGCGGAAACGCAAGGUCGAAAGCUGGAAUGCGGGCGCUGGAGAAGAGGGCGGUGGGGAUCGCGCACGAGUUCUUGAGCUUGACGGUGGAGAAGAUGGUGGAGGUAGAGAAGAUUAGCCACUUCAGGAAGUGGUUCGGGGUUGAUCUCAACAUAAGGGACCUGUUCCUGGACCACCCUGGGAUGUUCUACCUCUCGACGAAGGGGAAGCGGCACACGGUGUUCCUCAGGGAGGCUUAUGACAAGGGGAGGUUGAUCGAUCCGAAUCCAAUUUACGAGGCGAGAAGGAGGCUUCUUGAGCUCGUGCUAAUGCGCCGCCGAGGAAUGGGUGCUGAUUCAGCGGGAAGGAGAGCAUCAAGAUCCGAAGAGGACGUAGAAGUUGACAUGGAAGAAGGGUGUUCUUCAGAUUCAGAUACUCGAUAUGAUUUUGGAGAGUAGUGUAACACAUUUGGGAUAAGAUUAUUCUUUUAUUUGUAUCUAUACGGUCAGCUGGAAGCAACCUAUCAGAUCUCCCGAAUC